GUAAAACAGGUCCGGAAUCCGGGAAGCCCGGGGAAUCCCCUCCCGGGGUUCCCGCAAUGAUCUGAUGUUUGUGGACGGCGGGAUCCAGCGGGGAGCCUGUGUGUAGCCAGCGCCCAUCGCGGUAGGGAGCCUAUCUCUAUAAAGGAGCGACUAUGUCCGGAUUCUCCAUGAAAAACAAGGCGGAAGGAAGAACAUUCCCUGAGGAUGUUCUGUAUCAAAACCUGGAUAAAUGUACUUGCUUUAAGUUCAUAGCCUUCAAGCAUAUCCAGAUGCCCUUCAGACACACGGGUUUUCUGUUGUUCUUCGACAACGUGCCUCUGUUCACAAUCAAUGUGCGAACGGCCAAGACCACCGGGUGGGACUACCUGCAGAGCCUGGUGGUGACACCGGGCCGAGUUACCGUGGAGUCGGCGGAGGACCUGGGUCAAGUCCAAUACGUAGGUCGGCCGGUGGUGCACAUCAUCGGGCUCUCGACGGACCAGGCGUGCCAGCGUGAGGCCGCGCGCAGGGAUAUUGCCGCGCUCCUGACGCCCCAACGGUGGUACUCGCUGUUCUGGAAGAACUGUCGGGACCACGUGAGGAGCGUGAUGAGCCGUCUGGAGGACCACCAUCCGGGAAUGGGCGCCGCCGCGCGCCGGGAGCUCCAGCAGGUCCAUGCGGAGGACAUCGGCCUGAUAUCCGUCAUUAUCGCGUUGAUCGCCAUACCCAUGGCCAUCGUCCUCAGGAAGUAGGCCAACUGUCUGCCAACUGGAAGAAAGUCGUCGCCGAAGAGAAAGAAAGGCUUGACCAGAGCCAGGCCGAGCCUCGUCCCGCUCCGUCCGGCGACUGCCGCAUGGAGGUCGAGCAGAGUUUUCCUGGUUCCUCGUCGGGCAUACGAACGAGUUCUGACGACUGCGAGAGCUCGAUGGACUUUGAGAGACGCAGGUUUACUAGUCUAGUAAGCUGUGCGCAACCGGGCGCGUUGCUUUGUUGAUGCUUCUUCACUCUCGUUGAGCAUGUAGGGCUUUUCAUGCUAUGCAUAGGGCACAGGGAUAUGCACCGCUUUGAGGCACAGAGGUAUGCACCGCAUAGCCCUAUUGCAUAAGGCUAUGCACCGCUUUGUGACGAAUCUCCGUUUGUUCGUCAAAUUUGAUGUUUGUCGUGACUGAAAUUAUUUUUGUGAGGAUUUUUUAAAUGCAUAUCAUGCAUGUGAGGAUAUUUUUGUCACCUCAGGUAUUUUUCCCGUAGGAUUGUGAAGAAUGUUAACCUGCUGAUUCGUAGCAAGGCUCAAUGAAUGUAAGUAUUGUCGUCUAGGGUGUGGUUGUAGACUUCUGAAUUAUCGUCCGAUGGUCUUGGCUACGGUUUACCCAUGAACUGAGGUUUGCAUUGUUCAUCGGACGAGCUCCCCGAUCUGUUCUGCUUUAACUGGCUUUCGAAAACAACAUUCUCUGGACCAUCUGAAGUGUGUGUUUCACUACGCCUUUUACCGCAUACACCGCAAGAAGGCAAAUAAACCUGCUGCUUCGUGCGCCU